AUGUUCCGUGCGGCGGCCACCUCGCCCUACGACGAUGUCGUCGCCAAGGCGACUGACGAGAAGUCGACGUCCGAGGACUGGGGCGCCAUCCUCGAGGUUUGCGACAAAGUCACCACCGAUACGAACGGCCCCAAGGAAGUCGUCCAGAGCAUGAUCAGGCGACUUGCGCAUCGCAAUGCCAAUGUGCAGCUCUACACACUUGAACUUGCUCACGCAUUAUGCCAAAACUGCGGCAAACCCGUCCACCGCGAGAUCUCCUCCCACGCCUUCACCGACGCCCUCCUCAAGCUCGCAAACGAUCGAAACACCCAUUCCCAGGUCAAGGGCAAGAUUUUGGAGAAGAUGAAGGACUGGAGUGACAUGUUCAGCAAAGACCAGGAGCUCGGCAUCAUGUACGACGCCUACUAUCGUCUGAAGCAGAAUAACCCCACCCUGCAACCGCCCAGCGCGCCUCAGAAGCAAGGACUCACGGCCACGGAUCGCCAGAAGGAGGAGGACGAGCUGCAGAUGGCGCUCAAGCUCAGCUUGCAAGAGGAGGAGAGGAAGAAGGCGCCGAGUGGCAGUGCACAGGCUGGCCCUAGUGGGCAGCAGCAGCAGCAACAAGGACAGCAGCAGGAUCCCACGCCGGCGCCAGCGCCCCAAGGCACAACGGCAGCGACAGUAAGCAGGGUGCGUGCACUGUACGACUUUUCACCUUCAGAGCCUGGCGAAUUGGAGUUCAAGAGGGGCGACGUCAUUGCUGUGCUGGAGAGCGUUUACAAGGAUUGGUGGCGUGGGUCGUUGAAGGGCAAAACGGGCAUUUUCCCCCUCAACUAUGUCGAGAAACUGACGGACCCGACGCCGGACGAGCUCCAACGCGAGGCACAGAUGGAGGCUGAGGUGUUUGCCGAGAUCAAGAACGUGGAGAAGCUCCUGACGCUGUUAAGCACGUCAAACUCGGCGCCACGAGAGGAGGACAACGAGGAGAUUUCUAAGCUGUACCACCAGACAUUAGCUAUCCGGCCAAAGCUGAUCAAGCUGAUUGAGAAAUACUCACAAAAGAAAGAUGACUUUACGCAGCUCAACGAGAAAUUCAUCAAGGCACGUCGCGACUACGAAGCCCUCCUGGAGUCGUCCAUGAGCCAUCCACCUCAGCACAGCUAUCAACAAUAUCCCGCAUGGCCAGGAGCCCCUGGUCAGGGCUAUCCCCAAGGUCCUGGGAGCCAUCCUCAGCAGCAGGGCCAUGGACCACCUCCAGGACACGGACAACAUGAUCCCCAAAGAUUCUACACGCCUGGACCAAGCGGGCUCUCAGGCUCUCACCAAGCAGCAUCGUCGCCACCGCCCAACUUUCCCCAGCAAGGCACCCCAGCCCCGUUCUACGUCGCCGGAGCCGAAGUCCCCACGUCGCACGGCCAGAGGCCCCCAGGCGUUCAGCAAUACUCACCUCACGAGGACCCUGGCCACCAACCUCCCAGCGGACACCAGCACGCUACUCCUCACAACACCUCGUCGCCUCCCCCUCCCCAACAGUACAAUACCUACGGUCAGCCUCCUGGCCCACAGUCCCCAGGCUUUCCCAAACAGCAAGGACGGCCGCAGAGCACCUACGGCGCCCAAGAACUCGCCACCUCAGUGUACGACUCUCCCAUUGCCCCUCCCAACAAUCUCCAGCCCACCAAGUCGUGGACCAACUCCGCCUACGCGCCCGACGACGACCAGAACCCUAGCGCGCCGCCGCCUCCGCAAAGCGGCUACGCUCCCCAGUACCAGCCCUACACGGCCCCGCCCCCGGACCAUCCGCCGCCACCACCGGCUCCCGAGGGCAUGGCUCCCCUGCCCCUUCAGCCCGGGGGCGCUGCGUACAACUCCAGGCAGAGCUUCUCUGGCCAGCCAGCAGGGCAGCCGCCAGCACAGCAGUACAAGCCGUACGUACCACCUGGAGGAGGACAGGACGUGGAUGCGCCCAGUGCGCCGGCACCGAAUGACUACUAUCGCAGCGGCGUGUAUUAG